AUGGACUUCGUGGGCUUUGAAUCAUUCUCAGAAAAUGAUCUGUUGCCAUCACCGCAGCCUUCGUUGUCGCUUCCUCUUAAAUCAAACAUCGAAAACUUGGGCUUGAAGUUAUCUAAUUUCAACAAUCUUCGAAACCUUCUUAAGCAUACAGAGGAAAACUCAACGACUGAGGAUGCUGGAGUUCGUUUAGCAGAAAAAUUCGCCAAUGUCUCGUUACAACUGUUAGAUGAUUCAUCCAGCCUGCCUUCUGCUGUCGAAAAUUUGUCGGAAGAAGAUGUGGAUAUAGCAAGAAGUACAACGCUCACCAAAAGAUUGGGACGUGCUUUGAACCCCAGUUUAUCAGAUCAGAAGACUCGGGAACUUUUCACGCGUUUGGAAAGUAAAAUUCCUGAUAUGGACGUGAUGGUGGAUGCUGGAGUGAUCGGAGCCAUGACAAGAAAGAACUUGCGUGGGGAAAUUGAAUCUGAUCUCAUAAAGAGCCACCUGGCAGUCUUGGCUGAUUAUGCUAAAACAAUCAAAAACUUGAAAUAUUUGGGUGAACGAGUUGAUAGUUUUGAUAAGCAGGUGGCGGAAACUAAUGAGUUACUUGCUAAAGAUCUUUCAUUGACAGCAGACUUGUCUGGUAAUGUUAAGGAACUAACGGAUUCGAAAGUGGCACUUAAUUUGAAAAAGGGAAUCCUUAUGAGUUUCCGUGAGCAAUUUACACUCAAUGAAUAUGACAACUAUGUGCUUCACUCCAACGAAAUCAAUGCAGAUUUCUUUGCAGCUUUAGCUAAAGCUGAGGCUAUCAAUUCGCGUUGCCUGGUUCUCCUUGCAUUAGACAAUCCUGAGCUUGGUCGCAAGGUCAUGGCGAAAAAUAACGAAUUGAUAAAUCGGACGAGUGAGAAGAUCUUGAGUUUUUGCAACCGAACCUUAUCGAAUUUCUAUCUGCUCAAUAAUCGAGCAAGAAUGGAGCAACUACAUCUCUCUUUACGCUACUUGAAAGGUAAGCCAGAUCAGCUUGAGUCGGUUGUGAACCUGUUUGUAAACUCAAGAUCCACAGCAUUGGUGGAUGAAUUCAAUUUACAAACCAGCGGGCAUGGGGCUGACGAUUCAACACAUUCGUUAUCAGACUCAAGACCGGUCUUCUACUCCUCUCAUGAUCCAGUGAGAUUGAUUUCGGAUUCGCUCGCGUUUGUCCAUUCCUUAGUUGUUAAUGAAUCGGAAACUGUGGAAAAUCUUUUCGGAAAUACUCCAGAGUUCUCGGAAACUACCAACGCUAUGGUAUCGAGAAUCUUGAAUGCUUUAGCUAAACCAAUCAAGUCACAGAUUGAACUCUUGAUUUCUGUUCAGACAAAGCUUCCUUUAAUUUUCCAGAUAUUCAGCAAUUUAGAUCUCUAUCUGCUCAUGUUCCAGAAGAUUUCCAACGCUGGUAGCAUUACCAGUGCAAUCAACGAAUGUAUUACAAUGACGCAAAAUAAGGUUGUCACUGUUGUCACAAACAGAUUGGCUACGGUUCGCAAUUCCAACCUGGCUCAAAUCGACCUCUCUUCUGAUCUUCAGCCUCCAGAAUGGAUCAUUGACUAUUACUCUGAUUUGUUGCCCAUCUUGGAUAAUGCAACUACUGAGAUGGUGUUUAACUUUACCCAAGAGCAGCAGGAUAAGUUUCUCUCGCUUGUGGUCGACGAACCCAUAUCUAUUUUCUACGAGCAUCUUUCCCUGGUUUCAAAAACUUUCGGAAAAAGGGACAUACUCAUUUUCAAGUUGAACUUUUUAGAUUUGGUUCUCUCAAAAACUAUGCCACUUAGAAUUCUAAGCGACAAAGUCUUAGAUAUCAACCACCAGAUCAAUGACUACUCGACUGAACUUAAAGAGGUGCAAGUUCAAACUCUCUUGGAAAACUGUCAGCUCACUGAUUUCUACAAUAUUAUCAGUAUGAUCUGUCCAAUCGAUGUUGAAAUGUUGGAUCCUGCUAUUUAUCAGGCAAUCACUGAGAAUAAACUCUUCAAAAAGGAAGUCAUUGUCGAAUCUAAUGCCAAAAUUCAGCUGGCGCUCCCAUCGGCACUUAUAGACAUCCAGUCUGCUCUUAUGAAACUCAACAGCCCCAUAAUUGUCACAGACAUUAUUACUUCUUCCUCAAUUCAAUUUGCAUAUUUCUACAAACUCUUGUCUGAGAUUGUUGAGAUGUACUUGAAAGAGCAAUUAUUCUCAUGGACCGAUCUUGAGGUGGCAACCUUACUUGGUGUUGAACUGGCAUACAUAGAAGAAAUUGGGCAAACGUCUUACGGAACCUAG